AUGAAGAAUGAUAAAUUAACUGUGAAAUCAGAUUAUGUUUAUAUUUUAUUUAAAAAUGUAUAUAGAACAAAAAAAAAAGAAUAUAAAGAUGGAAGAGAUGCUAAAAGAAAUGUGUUACUAGUUUACUUUGGUGAGAUGGGGCCAAUAACAUCAGGUCUAAAAGUUAUUAAAUUUCAAGCGGCUGAUCAAACUGCUAUCAUUAGAUGUUACUCAGAAUGUUACUCUGCAAUUUGGGGUGCACUUACACUGAUGUGCAAAGUGGAAGACAAUCCAUGUAUGCUAGAGGUGAUAAAGAUGAGUGCAUUCCUUACAUCAUUGGCUUCACCGAAUAGAUUCUCAACCACUGCCACCACCACCACCACCACCCAAUCAAUUAAGCAAUCACUAAGCUAUCAAUUUUGUAACGAUCAACUCAUUCGUUUAGUAAUGAUACACUUUUGCGAAUAUAAAUAUUUUGAAUGCGAUUGGUAUGUGAAUCAUGCACGUUCAGGUUACCGCUUGAUCAACGAACCGUAUUUCAAGCGUGUUUGUCUUUUAAUCUUUUAA